AUGCAGGGAUUGUUAUCUGCCGUCGACUUUCAGACCAGAUUAGAUGAGGCAGAAAGCUUUCUUCGCGACCUCGAUCUCGAUAUGAUCGAAUAUCCCACACCACAUCCGGAGUGGAGACAGCUCGCGGAGGCUUUUAGACAUGCUAGUCUGCUGAGAAUCUUACGAUGGCCUGAUACGUUCGUCAUUCCCUGCGAAGACCCUAGGAUCAGGCCAUCGGUAUCAGCAAUCCUGGAUUGCUGUGCAAACGUUUCAAUGGACUCGCCAUUCUUCAAGCGGCUGUUGUUCCCUCUAUUUCUGGCGGCAACCGAGACAUCUGAAAGACACCAGAUACACUACGCCAGUCUUUGUAUCGAAAAUAUUCGACGCUCUACGGGAUUUCAACAUGCAGCCAUGAUGGAAGUCCUUGAAGGGGUUUGGGAGGAAAGAAGACUGAAAACCCGGGGCUGGACGAAUGUUCCCUGGAUGGAAUUUGUGAGUAAAGACCCGAAUUGUCCCUUGGUCCAACAUCUAUACUCAUUCGAAUGCAGACCUGCUCUGAGAGUAUGCAGCAGCAACACGCUUACCUGUUCUUUUGACUAA